AUGUCUCCUGCGUUGUGUGCUCCGUUUCCGCUGGCCGGUCACCUCCCGUCGCUGGACCGCAUCCAGAACUAUACCGUAUCCCGAAGACCCAACACACUCUACACCCUCGAUCACCUGGUAGAAGACAUCAAACAGUACCUAGGAACCUCCGGCAUUGACGAUGCGCAUGUCGACCAUACCGUCCUGAUGAACUUCAUGUCCAAGUACACAUCUAGUGCCGCAGACUGGUCCCGGUAUAUGCGCAAUGACCCCAGCAAGAACUAUACUCGGAAUUUAGUAGCUGAUGUCAGUGGACGGGCGAACCUGCUGCUGCUGGUCUGGAACCCCGAAAAGGGAUCCCCCAUCCACGAUCACGCCAACGCGCACUGUAUCAUGAAGAUCCUCGACGGCGAGCUGAAUGAAUCCGUCUACCAUACGCCAUCUCCGGAAGACCACGAUGGCCCGUUGAAGAUCAAGAAGAACACGACGUAUCAGCCGAAUGAGGUGGCCUACAUCAGCGACGAGAUCGGCUUGCACCGGGUUGCCAAUCCCCAGAAGGAUCGGAUCGCGGUGUCGCUGCACUUGUACACCCCUCCCAACGCGGCAGACUAUGGAUACAACAUUUAUGACCUGCAGACCGGACGGUCCAGCCAUGUCUACCAGGCGUAG